CCUUUUCUCAUCUUCUCACUUCAAACUCUCUCUAUCUCUCUCUCACCUCAUCUUAAGAUUUCUCUGAAAGCUGACUUCAAAGCCUUUUCUAAAGCAAACAAGCCGAUCCUUCUCUGAUUGAUAUUUUAUUUAUAUAUAAAAAAAUUUAAAAGAUGGGAAGACAUUCAUGCUGUUACAAACAGAAGCUGAGGAAAGGACUUUGGUCUCCUGAAGAAGACGAGAAGCUUCUUAUGUACAUCACUAAGUACGGCCAUGGCUGCUGGAGCUCUGUCCCUAAACAAGCUGGUUUGCAGAGAUGUGGAAAGAGCUGUAGAUUAAGAUGGAUAAACUAUUUAAGACCAGAUUUGAAGCGAGGAGCAUUUUCACAGGAUGAAGAAAAUCUUAUUAUUGAACUCCAUGCCGUUCUUGGCAACCGGUGGUCUCAGAUUGCUGCACAGCUUCCUGGUAGAACCGACAAUGAAAUCAAGAAUCUAUGGAACUCUUCCUUAAAGAAGAAACUGAGGCUGAGAGGAAUUGAUCCGGUUACACACAAGAUCUUAACCGAAAUUGAAACCGGUACAGAUGACAAUACCACACCGGUUGAGAAGUGUCAAACGACCUGCCUCGUUGAGACAGAAGGCUCCUCUAGUACCACCACUGGAAGUACUAACCACAACAACAGCAACACCGAUCAUCUUUAUACCGGAAAUUUUGGUUUCCAACGGUUAACUCUUGAGACUGGUUCAAGAAUACAAACCGGUUCAGACCUUGGCAUCUGGAUUUCCCAAACCGGGAGAAAUCAUCAUGUUGAUACCGUGCCUAGUGCGGUGGUGCUCCCCGGUUCAAUGUUCUCAUCUGGCUUAACCGAUUCAACAACCGGCUACAGAUCAUCCAAUCUCGGUUUAAUUGAAUUGGAUAACUCAUUCUCGACCGGGCCAAUGAUUACAGAGCAGCAACCUCAAGAGAGUAACUACAACAAUUCGACAUUCUUUGGAACUGGGAAUCUGAAUUGGGGAUUAACCAUGGAAGAAAAUCAAUUUACAGUAUCGAAUAAUUCGUUACAGAAUCACUCAAACUCGUCGUUGUAUAGUGAAAUCAAAUCCGAGAACAUUUUUUUCGGUACGGAGGCUACAAAUGUUGGUAUGUGGCCAUGUAACCAGCUUCAGCCUCAGCAACAUGCAUAUGGCCAUAUUUAAAAACUUCUUGUAUAUUAUAAGGUGUGUGGGAUCUUCUUUUUUCUUCUUCAAGUUAUUUUUCUUUAUUCCAAAUAUCGAAUUUUCUUUAUAAUGGUUUGUGUAUAUAAACUUUCUGUCAUAUUCAUUUAAAUUAAGGGUGUUUUGUUCUUACA